AUUUGACUCGGCUCCAGGAAGGACACUCUAAGAAAUUUUAGCAUCGGAUUAUUAUCACUGACCGGUGAGUAUAUGUGACUUUACAGGAUGGUGAUAAUAUGUCACCGCUCGGUUACAGCGGAAUCACAACGUGGGAACAAGCUCGGUGACAGUCUAUCACCAAGUCAAAGCAUACUACUACCAAUAUGGUAACAACCCGACCACCGGAUUUUCUAGAGUGUUCCCACGUACAUACGAGUACCUAAUAUGCAAUCCAAGCGAUGAAGAGCUCUACACGUCGGUGGAUGGAUGCAUUUGUGUAUGUAAUCUCGCUCCGCUAACCAAAUGAUUUGUUCAUCGUCAAGUCUGGAAUUGGAUGCAUUGAUUGAAGUUGUUCCUUUAAAUUGGCAUAAAAUAAAAGCAGCAGCAGCAGACGCAGUAAAACCCAUUCGCUAAUGAUGAAUUCCAACAUUCUCCACAUUCUGCCAUAGACAUUCUUCUCUUCUCUUGAUUUCUACGUAUUCCAUCUCCAUCAUCUCCAUUGAAUUCCCGGCCAGCUCCGGAGAGGACAAAACGAUAAAACCACAACGGUUUGUUGUUAUGCGUUGUUUCCCACAAUCAGAAUCAACCUUGGUUCCUGAACUAAAUUGAAUUAAUUAGCACAAUCUAAAUUGAACAUGGCCAAAAUCUGGACCACAAAAGUCAUUGUGUGUCAUAAAUCCAGUUUCAAGUAAAGUUUACUAUCCCAUAGCGGAUACAUAUGUCAAUGCUGAAUAUAUUGCCAAAACCCCGACCAAGCUAUUUGCCAAUAAGAAGAUACGAUGGGAUUGCACUUUUUUAACACUUGUUUUUCACGUGGAGCUAAAAUUAUCUGCAUGUAUCGAGGAGUCACACGUGUCGAGUCGAUCAUGGUAAUGCAAUUCUUUUCCAACUGACAACCUCACCACUGGUACGAAGGUCGUCACGUAUGUGUUUAAAUAUCUCGCAAUGACACAACAGCAAAAAACCACACAGACAGAGUAGAAACCCGGUUUUGGCUACUACGACCGUUCCGAACACGGAACGUUCUUCCACAAUUCUUCCCAUUCCACUCUCCACGGCUUUUACUUUACUGCUGGUUGGUUUGCCAUUAUAAUGUCUGUUCGGUCGUGACGAUGAUGAUGAUGAUGAUUUCGUGGACAUAAAGGUGGUUCUAUGGGUUCGUGUACAGUACAGCGUGCUAUUUUUAACACGGCACAAUGCAAUCAUGUGCUCAGGAUUUGGACACCCUGACGCAGAAAUAUAAAGCAUGACAAAGUACAAGAAACGGCACGACCAAAGCCAAGUACAAGUAUUAUUACGGUACGGUAAGGUAAGUGUUCGCGUCCUAUCUGGCCAUGCAAUUUCUCAGAUGUAAUUUCGCAAAUUGCAAACUAGCAAUUUUUUCGCGUUCUCAUCCAUUCCCUCGUCCCCACUUUCUCUCAUUCUUUCAUAUCCCCCAACGGAUCCCCACUUUACUUUGCACUUUCCUUCUUCGUAUUGCACGAAGAAGGCGAACAAACUGUCACGGGAGACGGCGACAUCACAUUACAUUUACUCGGCUCCCUCCAUUACACGAAUUCAUUAAUGCUGAGCACAUUUCUCCCAUUUUUCCGGUCCUCUAUAGAUUUGCAUAAGUGUUUCCAGACCAGAAGUGACAGGCAGAUAGAAGCGAGCCUGUUACAUUAUUUUGUAAGUUUUUAAGAAAUUAACGAGAAAUGUUGGACACGUGUCCGUACGAGGUUCGCGUCUCGCCGCAAUUUGGUCGCUACUUGGUCGCGGCGAGGGACCUUGGCCCCCGAGAGACGAUAAUCUCGGAGGAUCCAGUGAUCGAGGGGCCGACUGAUGAGCCUGGAAAUAUCCCAUUGUGUCUGGGAUGUUGUGCUAAGCUGACGGAAAAUCAAUACAGUCGCUGUUCCAAGUGUCAUUUUCCUUUAUGCGGCGUGUCAUGCGAACAGGGGAGUCUGCACGCGGCCGCCGAGUGUAAAAUCUUUCAAGGAAAUCACGUCUCAUUUCCACCACCUCAUACAAAGCACGUGCUCAACAAGAGCAUAAUUAUCUUGAGAUGCCUACUCCUGAAAAAUUCAAGCGAUAAAAAGUGGGACCAACUCAUGACUAUGUCUGACAAUAAUGAGUCUCGGAGAAACCGGCCAAAUUGUAUCAUCGCGGAUGAGCGCAUUUUAGAAAACUUGAGACAUUUUCUCCCCUCGCGAGAAGGAGAAGACGACGACGAAAAAGAAGAUAAGGCCACGGCAAUGAUGACCUUCGAUACUCAAGAAGUUAUACGAUUGAGCGGAAUUUUGGACGUAAACGCUCACGCCUUUCCUUUCAAAGGAGGCGAUGGAAAAGUUAUAGCAUCAAAGUGUCACAUCUACUUCAAGACGAGCCUGAUUGCUCACAGUUGUUCGCCGAACGCUUCUUGGGCGGCGGAUAAGGCGUCCAAAACUCGCCUCGUUAUCCGGACGAACGUGCCCAUCGGGAAGGGAGACCUCAUCUGCGUGGCGUAUGAUGACAGUGACCUGCUCUACGGCACGUUGCGACGCCUCAUCCCGAUGGAAGUGAGCGGCAUGUUCAUCUGCAAGUGUGCCCGGUGCGUGGACCCCACGGAAUUUGGGACUUUCUUAUCCGCUCUGAAAUGUCAGGAGUGCCCGAGGGGCUAUUUACUCUCAUUAAAUCCGACAAACUCUUUCUCCGAGUGGAAAUGCAACUCGUGUGCCCGCGUGGUUGAGGAGGUUUACAUUUCUCAAGUGAUAAAUGAGCUUGAGAGGGCGGUCGGACUUCCGAAAAAGGAUCUCCUCACGGAACCAGACUCGAGAGAUGAUGUCGUUCUGCUGAAGGAAUAUGUUGACGAGUUUGCAGGAAGUGAGCUUCAUCCGAAUCACUACAUUAUCCAAGAGGUGAACCUCCGCAUUGUGAGGGCGCUUUGCUACUCGCUCCAAGAUUUGGGGAAGGACGAGCUGGACGACUUUCUCCAGAGGUGUGCAGCCCUGUUGCGGAUUGGAGAUGUUCUUAUCCCCGGUUUUGGAGAGUUUAGAGCCUUUGUAGCGUACCACUACUUUCGAGGACUUUUAGCGUAUCAGGAGAACGCUCCGAUUUCCUUUCUCUCCUCCAAGGCUGAUAAAGCCGGUGCGAAGACCGACCUGCAAAAAUUUCUGGCCCGAUACAAACUAAUUUUGCAACUACAGACCGAAGUUGUAACGUUUCUCCUGGAAAAGUUUGCCCUGACGAGCCCACGGGUGAAGUACGUUCAAGAAACGAUGGAGUUUGUGAAGGAGCAAAUUAAAAUUUUGGAGAGGGCGUCAUCUUCAUCAUCUUCUGAAGAAUGAUGAGAGGAAGAUGAAUAAUGGAGUACGCAAAAUUAAAUGAAUUAUCGAUUCAUGUUUCAGAAAGUGAGAAUUAUACCAAAACUGAGGAGGAGAAGAGGAGCUGAUACAUAAAUGUGAUGAUUUUGAUAUUGUAUUGAAGGGAUAAAUGCGAUUUACCGAGCUAAAUAUAAAUAUAUACAAUCUGUAUUGUUCGUAAAUACA